AUGAAGCGACCACUGAGGUUUCGUUCCGUCGCUCGGGUACUGAAAUUUGUACUAAUUAUCCAAGGAUGCUGUGUUUCUCAUAUCCACGCACAUCAUCAAGGGGUGUAUAAAACAUUGCAAACAAAAGGAGAUGUGGGAACACCAAUUGCUCGGUUUAUCACAAACAUAAAUCCUCCCAAACCGGUAUUCCAUGUCGUGGAGUUGGACCUGUAUCGAGGAGAAAGCAUAACCAUCACGUGCCCCAGUGAUGUUGAUACCGUGGGCUCCUUAUUCCCCGCUAACCUAACACGGUACUAUACAUCACCGCCUUGUGCACCCAGCUAUCUAGAUGUGACCUUUUUCACAAACAGUGACCUGGAAAAUGAACUAUUGACAUGCGGAGAUGAAAAUUUCGGAACCCUUGAUGAUGUAUCUGAUUCCUUGAUACUCGUAGAAUAUGGCCAUUCUUCAAGACGUCUAUCGUUCAUAUGGAACGGCGGUAAGGUCAAACGUAGGUCGACACUAUAUUAUUUAUGUCUGAAGAAGAUCCAAGAAGCAGAAGAUGAAGAAUACAUCCCAUCCGCACUCAUCGCUGUGAAUGUCAUACCAGAUGCGCCCUCCAUGCGGAAUAAUAUCAUUAACAUUAAUAAUCUCACAUACGUCCCGCCAACCCAUGACGUCAUUUACACAAAGGAAUUUGCGUCUACAGAGAACCUCACUGUACAAUGCUGGCCAAAAGUAGGCAAUCGAACUAUUGAAAGAUGGAAACCAAUGGAUGUGGAGGUUCUAGAACAUAAUAUUUUACACCAUGAGGUCGAUGGGAAAGUUGUUUUGAACCCUUCAUGGGAAGAAUCUGUCUCACUGGUAAAUGUGAAGAUCAAUUUGCGGGAGAUUAGUGACGGUACUCUGACGGUAAAAAGUCAAAGCAUAGCAUCGAUGAUCUAUUUAGUGGAUGGUAUGUUUUACUUGGGUUGUUUAGCAGGUAAUUACGAUAGCACAAGGAUCUUCAACCUCGUACCCAGUACGGUCUCAGCUAUAGAGCACAUUAAACCUAGCAUCAGAGAAGUCGAUGAAGGUGAGAGCUUCAAUGAGCAAGAUGAUAUAUACUACUUUCAAUACAAAGUUACCCACGCAAGGGCUGUUUCAAUGUUCUGCCCCAUGGAGACACAUACCUUGGAACCUAGGUCCUUAUUGACUAGCGCCAAAAGCAAAUUUGACACGGAAGUGAGCCUUAGCUUUCCCAAUACGCGAAUAUCGACAAGAGGUAACUCGUUAGUAGUCGUUGACUUCUCCAAUACGUCAGCACUUGAUGAUGUCAGACUGCAGAUCAGCUGCCAGAGCAGAAGUCCAAAUUAUACGUCAUACGUUUUUUCGCUGACAAAUCGGAUGAUGUGCCUCUUUGGAGAUACUAAAGAGUUGUGGCAGCCGUGUAAAGUAGUUCUUUUCCCCUCGGACGAAGUAACGAUACGGUGUCCCAGGAAAACUGAGCAUAAAUACUACCCCCUGAAACCUGAAGAUAUGAGGGAAGGUUACAUAAAAGUUGAUGAUGAUUUCAUCCGUGAUCGCCAUCCUGCAUUGUCAAGAACAGUAAUUGCUAAUCCAACUGGCGAUUUACACAAAAUUACCUUCAAUGGUCAUGACAAACGUACACUGAUGAGAGACGAAAUACACUAUGAGUGUAGCGACGAGGAGUAUGAAAAAUAUACGACAACAGAGAGCCGAGCAAUCGUUAUCAUCAAGCUAGUUGGCAACUACGAGGAAAUCGAUACAACGGGAAAAAUAACGAUCCCCAUAUCCGAUUUGCUGAAACCUACCGACGGACCACGAUUAUUCCACAUUUUUUUGGGCGCAGGGAUGACUCAGCGAAUACAAUGCUCAGACUUCUUCGUAGACAAUCCAAGGCUCACUUUGUACCCAAAAGGGGAGUGGGAAGUUUUUGACGACAUACCCCGUUUUUUUGCUGGGAUGCUCAUGGACAAAAUACCCGGCAGAAAAGUAUUCGCUACCAGGGCCAUGUAUGGACUUACCAUUGCGAAAUACGCCAGAGAAAACCCUUCAUAUGUUGAUAUGACCCUCAGCGCAGAUUACAAGCUUUCGUCUAGAAGCGAUAAUGCCAUGUAUUUUUUAUGUGCCAGGAACACGUUGUGGGAUGAUGUGAACAGUGAUGUGGCCGUAGUACAAGUAUAUAUUCAAAGCAACACCACCAAAUCAUUUGGAGUUGGUGUUGAAAAAGGUCUAUUCCGUCUUGAGUACGUUGAUGAACGAAAUUCUUACAAUGACGCCACAUUCAACAUCGCAAAUCAUGAUUUCGUCGCGAUGCAUUGUCCCAAAGGACCUGGUGAAACAAAUCUGCCAGCAUGCCACACAAAUAUAAUGGCGGCGUUCGGACGCAAUAAAAAAAUCGAGGAAUUUGCCAACCAUAGGAUAAUAGACGGUUACAACUAUCAAGGCUUCAAGUCGCUUUGGUACAUAUCCACGGAAGGGCUGAAAGCCGCGUCGCAUUAUGGCCCCGUGGAAGUGGAUUGUUACUGUCGCGAUGAAAACAAUGCAAUUUUAGCCGUGGCGCAUUUGACGUCUAUUUCAGGGUUUUUGUGCAAUGGUCUUAUGAUCAGCGUUCUAUCUAUUAUCUUUGCCUCUAUAGGCAUAGCAACGAACACGUAA